AUGCCUAUCGGAACUGACUCUUUAAAUCAUCAACCACAAUCACAUCACCAUUACACUUAUCGACCUGCUCACCAUUAUAAAAGUACAAUUCAUCUCGUUACUUAUAAUCGAGAUUCGAAAGAUGAAGACGAUCGACAUAGUAGUUCAAAUAAAACAAACACUGAAACUAACAGUUCGAAUACUGCUCAGUACAUUAAAAAUCAACCAAAUUCAUCUUGUUCAUAUUCACAUCGUUAUCCAUCUUCAUUAUCUCAUAAGCCUACUACUAAUACUCAUUCAUCAAUUCGUACGAACUCUUCGUUAUCUCGACAGUCGUCUAGCUUAUCAAAAACAACAGCUGCAACCGCAUUAGCAAUUUUGUUAAAAGCGCAUUCAGAGACGUCGUCUUCAGCAUCAAAUUUACUCGACAUAGCUGAUCAUCAGCAAACACGUCCAGUGCCAAAUAGGAGACAUCGAUCGAUUAUCACAGAUUCUAGAUUAACGAAAAAUGAUCACUAUAUGCAGCCAUCACAACCAUCUUACUCUUCUCUACUUAUGCUGAAUCGAACAAAUCAGACAAUUUCUACUCAGGCACCCAGUAUACGUCGAUGUGUUUCAGUCUUAGGAAAACGAUAUUCUUUCUCUGACUUAAAUACUCUAAAACCAAAUACGUCACGGACAGAAAAAUCAUUAUCGUCACGUUCGAAUAAUCAAGAUUGGAAUGAACGAGAAACACUAAAUAAUAGUAAAAGUAGGAUAUCAUUAGAUUCUAAUGGUUCUCUAUCAUCUCGGAUGUCUAAUCAUCAUCAUCAACCACCGCCAUUAACUAUGACUAGAAACCAUAUUUUAUUGAAAUCGAAAUCAAAUAGUUUAAUGACGUUGAAUGAUUUAACUGUGAAUAAAGUGAAGAAUGAACGAUUACAUGACACAAGUUCGAUACAGUCAAAUAGUGAAAAUACAAUUAAGUACAAUGAACAAGAACAAUUGAAAAAAAAGUCGGUGAUCCAUAAUUUAAAACCGGAUGUUCAACCCAAAAUUUUGGGUUUAGAUGAGAAUAAUUGUCUUCCUAACGUUCCACAUUCUAAACAUUCUAUUAGACAACAUUCCCAUGAACAUUGUCCGAUCACCUAUCAAACUCAAUUGAGUUUGGGAACAACGACAACAUCUGAUUCUGGUUCAGAUAACACAAUCUUGAAUCAUUUGCCAGAACAAAAUGAGACCACCGAUAAAUCACAAUCAAGUCUUCUAGAAGAAUUAUUAAAUAACGGAAAUUUGUUGUCACCACGAAAAAAUCCCGUUAAACAUUUAAAUCGUUUACGUUCAUGUAAUACAGCGCCUUCAGAUCUAUUCGAAAAAAAUAAUCCCAAACCACCACAAUUAAUAUUUUCUAUACCAUCAUUGAACAACAAUGCCGAAUCAUCAUCGAAUAGUAAUAAUGAUGAUAGAGAAGCACGAAAAAUUGAAAAAGAAAUAUAUGAAGAAAGAAAGAAGAAAAUCGAAGAACAAGAGCAAGUGGUGAUUAAUGUGGCAGAAUAUGCCCAAGAUAUAUUAAAAUAUUUACGUGAAAGGGAGCGUUCAUGCCGUCCAAAGCCAAGUUAUAUGCGUAAACAAAGUGAAUUGACAUGGGAUAUGCGUGCAACACUAAUUGAUUGGUUAUGUGAAGUGGCUGAUGAGUACAAGUUAUUUUCAGAAACAUUUCAUUUAGCUGUAAAUUUCAUUGAUCGUUUUCUAUCUCGAAUGUCCGUCACAAAAUCGAAAUUUCAAUUGAUUGGUACAGCCGCACUUUAUUUGGCAGCUAAAUGUGAAGAAGUUUAUCCACCAAAUGCAGCUGAAUUUGCUUAUGUUACAGAUAAUGCUUAUUCAAAAAAGCAGGUGUUAAAAAUUGAGGAUUUACUAUUGAAAACACUACAUUUUGAAGUAUCAGUAGUCACAACACAUACUUUUUUGUUGCAUUAUAUGAAAUUUGUUGAAGUUGAUGAAGUAACAGAAGAUUUAGCCAAGUAUAUUGCUGAUAUAACACUGUUGGAUCCAGAGUGUAUUCAACAAACCCCAAGUUUACAAGCAGCAGCAAUUUUGUGUCUAUCCUUGCAUAUGAACAAAAAACCCGCAUGGUCGUAUGAAUUAAAAGAAUAUACGAGCUAUACAAUAAGUUCGUUUUACGAUGUCAUGGAAAAAAUAUUUUGGAAUUUUGCCAAAGCAACUAUUAAUGGAAAGUGGGCAAUAACAAAGAAAUAUCGUCAUAUGAAACAUCAUAAUGUUACUUCGAUUGAAUUACCAACAGCGUUACCGUUCAAAAUUAUCGAUGACAUAUAA